AUGAGUGUCUCCCAAGAACUAUACAUUGAGAGUCUUCCCAAGUAUUCGGAAAACUCCUUCGGAAAUUGUACAGGAGACUUUAAGCUCACUGUCAAGUUUAUGGUUGCAAAUCCAAUUACUCAUGACGUUAGCUGUUCUGAGGCUGAAUUCAGGUUUGAUGGUGAAAUGACAAUUGAUGAAGCAUCAGAAUUUUCCCUUCGAAAUUUCUCAGGUACUUUAGAAGUACCUCAGUUUUAUGGCAGAACUGUUUUUUACAAGGAACCAAUCUUUAAGGGUUUCCUUUCAUAUUUCCAAGAUCCGAAGAUGCUUGGGACUUUAAACCAGAAGUUGAAAGAAGUCUUCGAAAACGGAGGAGUCAUGUGGAUUGGCAAUGAUCCAAGAUGUUUCGAGUUAGAGAUGUACAGUGAAUUUAGAAAGAAUCGGCUCUUGAUUAUGGGAUUGGCGGUGUUCUUAAUAUUUCUUACUGUUGGUCCUGAAUUGCUUGAGCUUUUCAGAACCAUUUUGCUACUCAAAUAUGGUGACAUCGUUGUAAUUAGAAGUCAGAGGGUGUGA